AUCAACCACGCCCAUUUUCAACCAUGCUUCGCUUCUCGCUCGAUGCGAAAGUAAUUUAGCAACUCGUAGACAUAUAAUUUCUUGUUGCAGAAUUCUAAUUUUAAUCGCAAACAUGCAUUUCGCAUAGUUAGCGUCGUAGGGCACUUGCGAUAAAUUCUGACGUGGGAUCAACAUGAAAUUUGAUGCUGAGGUUAUGUUGAAAACCAAUGGUUUUAUUGAGUCAAACCUUACGCAACUGGCCAGACAGAAGAUAUGCUUCUUAGAACCUGCUUUUUGGAACAUAAUCAAACAGCACGAGAGACUCAUGACUGUUGACGCUCUUCUAAAAAAACUAACUAAAUUCAUCAGAACCAAGCAGAUUGCAAACAAGGACUUUUUAUUCAUCUUUAUUGUGGACAAUGAAGGGAAAUGCUGGUCAUUUUUGGUUAUUUGCUUGAUGACAAAAUUGAGACUGGGACUGAAACUGAAAAAUGAUGACGUUGUUAGAAGCUCCAGCCUCGUCUCGGAAGUCGUGCCACUGGAAUUAAAAAAUAAAGUAGACUUGCUGGGCACAUUGUUGAAGAAGAAUUUGGUUCUAAACAGCAACUUUCUUUUGUUUGAAAACCUCACAUCUAAAGUUUUGAGAAGUGUAUUCGAACAAGUAAACAAAAUUUUCCAGGUGUACUACAAAUUGCUAAGACAGCCAGAAGAACCGCGAGUGAAACACCAGCUGAUGGAAAAGAAUAACAAGCCACUGGAAGAGAUGAAGAAAAUUGGUGAAAAUGAAACAACCAAGGAACAACAAAGGACACUCGUCUACAAAAGACCUCCUAUUUUCAAACAUCGAAUUUCUCUCCUAAACAACAAUUCCAAAGAGAAGCAAGAACAGAAAGUUUUGGAGGAAAUGGAAACUGUCCCAGUGCAAGAAGAAGGGUCCAAAAAAGACGACAAAGAUUCACAAGUGGAAGAGAAAACUGCAGUGAAUGAAAAAAGUUCUGCGCCCAAAAUAGAUGCUGAGAGUUCACAAGUCCAAGAGGAAACUGCAAUGGAUGAAGAAUGUUCUGCAAACAAAGAGCUGGCCAUAGAUCAACCUGUUGAAAAAGGAGAGAUGGACCAAAAUGACUCUGGCAAUGCGUCAGAUGACUUAAAUACAGAAACACAGAGCAGCGUUUCGUGUGGAAAAAUUGGAGAAACCGAAAAUCAAGUGCUAGCAGCUCCUGCGCCAACACAAGAGUGUCAAAGAUACAAUUUGAGAAGAAAGAGGAAUGACUUUGAUAAAUCAACCCCGCUGGAAUUACCUUCAGACGACGAUGAUGAAACUGAUGAAAACGAGAUCUUCUAUCAAAGCAAGAAAGGAGAGAAAUUUCCUUUUACCAAAAUGGAUCUUGACUGCCUUGAUCCUCAUGCAUGGCUCAAUGACAGCAUCAUCAACUUUUACCUCCAAUACCUCCUUGAUCAAUGUCCGAAAACAAUCUGUGACCAAGUUUACCUCUUCAGCACUUAUUUUUAUGCGCGACUAAACACUGACAUUGAAAAAAGUAAGUCCCUUAAAGGCAACUUCAUUCGCCCUUGGAAACCAGAAGACAGAAUUUUCGACUUCAAAUAUCUGAUCUUCCCUGUUCAUGACUGUGAUCACUGGAUCUUGGUUAUUGUGGACACAGAGCUAUCUGAGGAGGAAAAGAAGGAUGCUGAUAGGUUCAUUUUCCUGAUUUUGAAUUCGAUGAUAGAUGAUGACAGUGAGGCUGAAAUGGAGCUGGUGGCCAAAAAACUAAACCACUACUUAGACUGUGAAAGUCGCAGAGUUUUGGGUCGCAAAAUCAGAGGCCCUAACUGUCGCAAGUUGAUUGUGCCAUUAGUUCCUCAGCAAAAGAACGGUUCAGAUUGCGGCCUUUUUGUCCUUGAAUACUUUGAACAGUUCCUGAAGUUGCUGAAAGCUGGUCAAUCGAUUCGAGAAAUAGAUUUUGAAAACUGGUUUGAUUCAAAGGAUGUUCGAAAGAAGAGGAAAUUCUUGGCAAAUUUGAUCAGAUCAUUUGCUGAAAAGUCUGCAGUUCCUUCAAAGCAAAGGAAGAGAAGUGUGCCAAAUUGAAGAAAUUCUUAAAAGUGAUGAAAAAUUGUCACAUUUUAUUUUUACAAUCAAAUUAAAAAGUGAAGAGGAGUAAAUUUUAAUUUUA